AGCAGAAUUGUGGAGAAAAGUGGAAAAGGGUUAUCUUUUGGGGCUGCAAAGCCCAUGGGAAGUGCAGGUAGCAGCAUGUUGCCCUGACAGCUGUCUCAGCUUCUCAGACCUUGUCAGUUUGUUGCUAUGCAGCAGGUGCAGCCUUUUCUUUUAUUGAAGCUUUACUCCAUAAAGGCAACGACAAGCCAAGGCAGUGGCUGGCCCUGGAUUAUACAAGUGCAGACACUCCGCUAAGUGAGGGUUUCAUCACAGUAAAAAUCACUUUUUGGAAUUGAUGGUCUCAGAAGAAAGACGGAGGACUGAGUAAAGUCUCAACUCAGAAGCCAAAUUCAUGCAGACAGACCCCUACACCUGCACAGGCUUCCACUGAAGAAUCAUCACCAAGAACCAGGCAGCAUUGCCACGAGUCAAGGCUUGCUGAAGGGGCGAUGGCGGGGAGCAAGCAGCUGGAACAAACAAGUAAAAGCAUUGACUCAAGUGCCCACAUGAUCACCACCGCCAGGGUACCUGCUGAUAAGCCAGUACGAAUUGCCUUCAGCCUUAAUGAUUCCCCAGAUGAUGCUUCCCCUGAAAAUUUCUCUUUGGCAUUUCCAGAACUAGAUCAGCAGCUGCAGCCUCUGCCUCCAUGUCAUGACUCUAAGGAAUCUAUGCAGGUGUAUAAACAGCACUGCAAAAUAGCAGAAGAGUACCAUGAAGUCAAGAAAGAAAUUGCUCUGCUGGAAGAAAGAAAAAAGGAGCUGAUUGCCAGACUGGAACAAGUGGAAAAAGAAAGCAUGGAUGCUGCUCAGCUGGCUAAGGAGUAUGCAGAACUGACAGAGGAGAACCGGACACUGAAGCUGGCCCAGACGCAGUGCGUGGAGCAACUGGAAAAGCUCAGGAUACAGUACCAAAAAAGACAGGGUUCGUCAUAACUCCCAACUAGCUCAUGUAAGGCAGUUCAUACAGGAUUGGUCCUGUGCUGGAAAGAUAUUUUAAAAUAAAGAUCUGUCUAAUAUGUUACAACACUUUGCUACAGAUACAGAAUAUGUAGAGGUCUAUAUUUGAUUUAAUGCUUGCCACCCAGUAGCUUAAUGUGAUGGAUAUUUCAUCCAUUAUAUAAUGGACGUUUUAUUUCAAGUAAUGUAAUUGAAGUUAAUCUAUCCCCAUUAUAUGUUCUAGUGGAUCAGGUUUCUUUUCUAAACAUAUUUCUUCCAAUUUAAGAUGAUAUAGACACACUAGAAAAUUAUAUAAAUAGUCUCUGUGUUGGAAAUUUGGAUCAUGGGCAUAUGGCAGGGACAAUGUUAAUAUACGGAAUACAUGUAUGUUAAUUUUAGUUUGGUGAAUUGUUUUUAAAUUAUUUUCCUCAUGCCUAAAGUGUUUGGAAGUUAUCUUGAGGCAUAUCUCCUCACUAGUAAAAACUAUACUUCAUGUCAACUUCACACUGUUGUAUAAAAUCUGAAAAACUGCACAUUAAAAAUUGAAGUAACAAAAUAAUUUUUUAUCAAACAAGUGCACUGCCGGUGCUAAUUUACAAGUUAUAAAAUUAAAAGGAAACAGAUGAGAUCAAACUUUCCUUCAAAUGUAGAGAUUACUUGAGUGUCUUUUUAUUGUACUUUUUGGCAUGCAAGAAAUGAAAAAUUAAUGUAAGAAUCAUAGUUUCAUCAUAGUUUCAACUCAGACCGUGUCAGUAAAAUUAUUGUGAGGAUCUUUUGUUCUUAUUUUCUGGUCUAUUUUGAAGCAUAAGUGACUGUAAGAAGGGACAGGAGUUCUGUGAUACACAAAUAACU